AUGUCCAAAUACCAUGCCCUUGGCUAUCUUUCCUUCGCCGCGUGCGGCUUCCUUGGCGGCUACUUUCUGCAUCCCCUCUCGCCGGCCCCGCCGGUGCUGCUGCCGAGUGCGCCCCCAGCGCCACCUGGGCCCUCGGCGGAACCGUGGGAAGGCCCCAGGUCCGAAGCCACGGCAGCCACCGAGGACUUUCGCUGCAGACCGCUGGAUCACGUGUUUGUGAUCAACCUCGAGGGCCCCUUGGGGGAGGCGCGCCGCGUGCACGCGGUGCGGGAGCUUGCAAAGGUUGGGCUCCACGGCCGCUACCGCUUCUGGCCCGCUGUUUCAGCAUACGACGAUGCAUCCUUAGCCAAGGAGCUGGGGAAGAAGCACUGCCCUUGCGAUCCCCAAUCUGCCUUGGCACUAAGCCACCGGCGCAUCUAUGAGGCCAUCCUAGCGAAGAGGUGGCCAUGCGCGACUAUCUUCGAGGACGAUGUGUCCCUGGCGCGGAACUUUAGCCGCCGCCUGGAGGCCGUUUCAGCAAGCCUGCCUCCGUUCGACACACUGCAGCUUGGCUACUGCAAGAGCGGGAAGAAGGUGGGUGUGGGGCCAAAGGAUCAGACCUCGCUUCCCAUCCUUAAGUAUGGAUGGCCUGGGGCUUGCCUCCAUGCGGCUGUGAUCAGCCUGCAGGGUGCUGCGCUCCUUGCCGAAGUCAACACCCCACUCCGCACCCACGCGGAUGGGGCCAUGGACCCCAAGCACUGGCCGAACCACACUCGCACGUUCCUGGAUCGGAAGCCUGGCGCUGUGCCUGGGUCCUACUGGUACACGGAGCCCAUGCUUGCCUGGCAGGGCGCCGACGACCUGGUGGGUGGCGCGUGA